AUGCUGGAAACGGAUGUUUGGCUGACGAACUUCUCCAGGCCACCCACUGGCGAAGGGAUAACGCGUGCACCGGCGCCGCUACCAGACGGUGUUCUGCGCGCGGCGUAUCGCCUCCACAUGCCUUGUCUCUGUCGACACACAACAGUGCAGAACCGGGCGGUGAACUGCGUUGCUGCUCCACGCUGUUUUGCCGGGAUGCAAACCCUCUCGACUGACGCAGCGGCACUCAAGGAGUGCGUUGCGGAUAUCAUUGGUGAGUCCCCUUUUCUGCUGCCGGAGGACAACAACAGCUGUAGCAGCAGCAGCAUCGAUAACACGGCAGAAGACAUCCCGGUCCGUGCCACCAAGGCCACAAUUCCACGGAGGGGCAUAAGAAACCUGGGAAACACGUGCUACCUCAACGCUGUGCUGCAGCUUCUCUUUAGUAUCCCACACGUACGCCAUGAGGUGUUGCGCGCCUGCGCGGGUGAUGACUUCCACACUGUGGAGCCUGGGGUUUGCGAUCUUACAGGCGAUGCAACGCAGAGGACACAACCGCAGGGCCACACGGAGGAGGAGGGGCUCCUGGCGUCUGGCUUAGGCGAGCUGUUGGCUGAGAUGGCGUUCACCCGAGACGGCAAAGGGGCCAACGCCCAAAGUUUUGCAUCUUUUCUCUCCCUCGACACCCGAACGCAGCAGGAUGCACAAGAGUUUUUCGCUCUUCUCUUGGGAUGGCUCCACGAUAAGGGCUGUGAGGCGGUGGAGCGCGUGUUUAAGGGCACGCUGCUGUAUGACCGUAGUUGCGGCAGCUGUGGUCGCCCGUUCAAGCGUGCGGAGCCCUUCUUUUUUCUUUCACUUCCGGUGAAUAGCUCGGUGGAGGAGGCGCUCAGCACCUUUCUGCGCCACGAAGAGGUGGAGGGCUUCAUGUGCGAGGGAUGUAGCGCCACAACAACGGUUCUUUCGCGUCAGUACAUUCGAACACUCCCUGACAUUCUUGUGGUGCACCUCAAUCGCUUCACGUUUGAUAUGCAGACUCUGCAGCGCCAGAAGCUGACUGAAACCGUGAGUUUCCCGCUCGAGUGGGACCUAACUGACCAGAUGAAACAGUGGCAGCAACGAGACGAGGCGAAUACCUCCACUAAUCCAUUGUCAACCUCAGAUGAGGCGCGUUACACGCUCAUUGGUGUCGUGAAUCACUUUGGUGAGACUGCUCUGUGUGGUCACUAUACUUUUUACGGCAGAACCGAUGAGAAGGGCGGUUGGUGCCACUUUGAUGAUGCGGAGGUGACCAAACUGCAGCAUCGUUUCCAGGGCACGCGGGGCUCUUCAAAGGAUGCCUACAUGUUGGUCUACCAGCGCCGUGUAUUGCAGGCAGCAAAUGCCACCGGUGAGGUACAUGUUGACCCAAACUGCAUGACGGCAGCGAUGGGCAGUGAUGCCCCCGAUCAAAUUGUGCUUCCACCUCGUCUCAUAAGGCACGUGGAGCGAAUCAAUCGUGAAAUGGUGAGUGCGCGUCAGACGUGGGAGACACGGCGUGCGGAGGUGGCGUCCUUCCUGCAGCAGUGGGCUGAUGUCACGCGAGAGCUUUUUGAUGGCUCUACAGGCAACAGCACAGGAUCAGCAAAUGAUAAUGGCGAGGAUGGUGAUGUGUGCGUGAGUGUAGAUCCAGAUGACUAUGUUGCGCUCCCAUCGGAAUGGCUGCAGCAGCUUGGUCGCUGCUUCUUUCCCUCAUUUGUGGACGUGGGGCGGUACGGUGACGGAGACAAGAGAAAGAAACGACUGCGUGGGGGCGGCGGCGGGGGCGGCGGCGGCGACGCAGUGCAGAACGAGUCAGCUACGCCAUGCGUGCGCCAGGGGUGUGAAACGCCUACAAUCGCCGAGUCCAUGGUGAAUGCGACGGAGCGGGCGGUUAAUGAUGUACUUGGUGGAGCUGGAACAACAUCAGUAGCAGACUGCGUGUUAGUUGAGGAUGCCUCGCAAGCUGCUUUGGGUGAUCACAUAACCAGCCUGUGUUGCCCUCACGGUAAGCUGACCCCUUGGGGCCAGUACAAACUGGUGCCGUCCGCAGCAGUGGCUAAGUUGGCGUCAUUGUUGGGUAAGACUCCCGUAUUACCCAUUUCUUUUACUGCAGCAAGUGGGGACGACACCUCCCUUAUGAGAUGGCGGGUUAGGGAUAGCACUUGCGACCUCUGCACUGUAGCUAUGGCAGAGGAAGUGUUGAAGCUGAAGGAUUCAUGGAAUGAGGAGAGAGCGGCCUUGGCGAUGCUGCGUGACAUUCGUGAGGAAGGCAAGAGUAAUACGAGUGCCAGCAACAAUAGCAACACCGGGGGGGAGGUAGGUGUGUAUGUGAGUGAAGACAUUAUCGAGUACUGGGAAGAACUUCUUGCGGUGCAAGCCAAAGGGAAAGAUGUGGUGAGCCGCCAGGGAUUCACUGGGUUUUAUACUGUUUUGCGUCAGAAACGCCAAGGUGUCUGUUGCGACGAGACUCAAUCUGUUCCAUACUUUAAUGCACCCGAGAAGCUUCUCUGCGAACAUCACAACCUCGCCCCGUCCGCAGUGGUGCGUGUUGUUCCUGAAGCCCUCUGGCGUUAUCUUCGCGAGCGGGUCGUGCAGCCGCUAUGUAGCAACAGCGACAGUACUCCAACCACACAAUUGGACGAGUUGAUACCGUACCUCCCCGUUGACACAGUAACCAAGUGCUUCGACUGCAUUCAAAUUACUGUGAACACGACAGCAGAGCGUCAUUACAUUAAGAUGGCGAAGUUGGAUGAGGCAAAACGAUUCCCCACUGUGACCGCCCUGUGCCAACUUUUCUCCGUAACCCAGGCAGAGAUGCGGGCACAGCACCCGAACCGCUCGGUGUGGAAGCGGAACCUUGAACGGUUGUGUCGUGAGCAGCGUGUUUCAUGGGAAAAGGAACAGGCCGCUGCGAUUGCCGCGAUUGAGGCGCAGAUCGCCACCCUCAGGACUGAGGCGGAGCAGAAGAGUCGGGAGAAAGCGGCGUGGGACUCACGGAUAGUGCGUGGGAGGGGCAACCGGAAAGGCAACAGAGUUAAUAGUUCUUCUUCUGCUGCCAACGCCACCCAAUCCGUACCGCCAUCGUCACCGCUAUUAUCAUCACCAUCACCCGAACUUUCUGCUGCUUCCACCACCAACCCCUCACGACUGCAGCUGGCGUGUGAGGCGCUCAGUACCGCGCGUGCCGCAACCUGUCCGGAGUUGUAUAACGCCUACGGCUGCGUUCCAACGUGGUGGGUUAUGCAGUGGCGGCGGUGGUACGCCGACGUGGACGGCACCGUCACGCCACCACCUCGCUUUGAUCACGACGAUUUCCACUGCCCACACGGUGGCGCCUUGCUAGCGCCGCACCUCCUCAACCCCGCCGACCCGCUUUGGGAGACAAAGUCUUUGGCUACUCAUCUCGCGCGGGUGUGGAGGCGUCGAGACGCUGUUCCAUCCACUGCUGCUGCUUCUACUACUGUCAAUGCUGCUGAUUCGGUUGAGGAGGACGACCUGCCGGGUAUCCCUCCCCUGCUACUAGUGCCCAUGAAGGAGUUUGUUGAUAUUCUCGAGGCCUACGGGAGUCCAGACAUGCUUCUUCCAAGAGGGGAAGGCGCUGGAGAGAAUGUGGUGCGUGGCGUCAACGCGGCAAAGACUGUGCUUUUUGCGGAAAGGAACACAGAGCGCGUGUUUGACCCCCCGUCCUGCGAUGCCUGCGUGGCGGCACUUCUGGAAAGCGUCCAGGAGUCCUCCCAGUGCUUCGUAGAUGGCUCGCUGAGGCUGCAGCUGCACCUCCGCCGCAGCAGGAAGCACUUCUACGACGCCAGUGAUGUGCUCCGUUGUGUGCACCACACCACCACGCUGCAGGAGCUCAAGAUGGCGAUAUCGCAGCGGGUGCUGGAGGGACACGGCUACGUUUUGCCCCUGGAGGAGAUGGAGAUCCUUCGCGGCCGCAAACCGCUUCGCCGCUAUCGGGCUUGCCCCAAUAGCAAAGAGGUAGUUGCCGUUUCUUCUCCCAUUACUGGUGAGGCUCCUCUUGUGAUCGACGUUGAUGCGGAGUCGACUCCGCCUUCUUCUCAGACGAACGACAACGAGUGCACGCUGUUCGAGUGCGGACUCUGCGACGGGGACGUGCUGACGGUGAACGCGACGGAGCGGGCGUUGACGAAGUUCGCCGGCAAUGCCGAAGGAGGCGAGGUAUGGGAGGAAAUUCCCGCCGCGCUGCUGCAAGCAGCACCCGAGAAUGCUACUGCGUUCGGCGCCACGCGGCUGUACGGUGCGGUGGCGAAUGCCCGCGAGGGGGGCAGCGGUGGGGCGGCGCCGCAGCUCGCGUGUGUCGCAUGCACAUUCAUCAAUGAGCCGGGCAGGACUGUGUGCGAGAUGUGCGAAACGCCCCUGCCGACGGCCGCCUAG